AUGUCAGACAUCCUGUACAUGUCCAAUGAAGUGGAAAUCCCGCCCAUGUCAUCGUUUGGUGUGCGAUGCCCCGGCCAUGAGGGUGCCGGCGUGGUGGUGAAAUUGGGUGAGGGCGUGACUGGCUGGAAAGUUGGUGAUCGUGCAGGUAUGAAGCCCAAUUGGGAUACAUGCGGCACGUGUGAGCAGUGUUUAGAAGGCAAGGAGAAUUACUGCGCAAAAUGCAUGUCAUCUGGCCUGGUGGUGAACGGAAGUUAUCAGCAAUAUGUGGUCACUCCGGCCAGGUACACGACGAGGAUUCCCGAUGGAGUGUCCGACUAUGUUGCCGCGCCCAUCAUGUGUAGCGCGUCAACGAUGCACCACUCGUUGGUCACCGCUGGUCUCAAACCCGGAAACUUUGCCGUCUUCGUCGGUGGAGGUGGUGGUGUAGGAAUUCAAGGCGUCCAACUCGCCAAAGCAAUGGGCCUGCGCCCAAUCGUGGUUGAUUCAUCCGAUGCCAAGAAAGAACUUGCUCUCAAGAUGGGCGCAGAAGCGUUUAUCGACUUCAGACUGGUCAAGAAUGCCACGGAAGAAGUCGUCAAGCUUGCCGACGGCAUCGGUGCUCACGGUGUCUUUGUCACGGCCCCUCAAGGCUACAGGGAUGCGAUCAGUUUCACAGGAACCCGUGUAUCUGCUAAGGUCAUGUGUGUUGGCAUGCCUCCAAAAGACACCACCGUCAUCGGGGCAGACCCGUUGAUUUUCAAUGUCAGGAAUCUGUGUAUCACCGGGACCGUGACAGGAUCCUCCAAGGAUACCGAUAUGGCUCUUGAUUACGCAAGACGUGGACUUCUUCACGAUAUCUCUGAGGUUAGGCCCAUGAGUAGGAUCGCGGAGAGUGUGGAGCAAUUGAGGAGAGGAGAAGUUCCGGGUCGAAUCGUAAUUGACUUCAAUCAGGAAUGA